AUGCUGCAGCGUCGACUAUUAUCGGUGUAUUUCCCGUGUCAGAGACUGAGGCACAGAGCCAGUGAAAGAGAAAGAAACAAGAAAAGAGGGGUGGCCAUCACCAAGGGGGUCCUCCUCUCUGCUCCAAAACACUGGAUUUUGGGUUGGACUGGGUCCCAGAGAAGAGGAGGCUUUAUGUUCAAGCAGUGGAAGGAGAAGUAUCUGGUGCUGACGGCGGAGGGCAGCCUGAUCGUGUGCCGUGACACCGAGUCUCCGCCGGAUCAGUUCAUCUCUCUGCAGAACGGCUGUGAGAACAUCGCUGAGGGCCGAGACAUCCUGGACCUGCCCAAGUUACCUGCAGGGGCCCGACGGGACUGCUGCUUCGCCCUCAUCCUCCCCCAGAACAAGUUCCUCCUCCUGCUCUCCGACAAUCCAGACGACUGCAAUUUAUGGCUUAAUCUGAUUCGCAAAGUGAGAGAGGGUGUAAUGUCUCCCAUGACCCUCCAGAGGCAGCGCAGCAUCACUCCGUGCAUCACAGACAGAGACUCCCUCCCGGACUCCUUCACCGACACAGACCCCGGCUCCCCCAAAACAUGUGACACCCCCCCACUGGGUCGCAUAGCUGAGAGAGGCGGCUCGCUGAGAGAGACAAGUCAAGUCAAUGGAGUGCGUCGUCCCUUGAGAAGCGUGUCCGUAGCCCCUCACCGUGUGUCAGAUUGUCUUCGUCAUGGUAACAGCAGUGACGCCAGGGCGGUCCGGGCCGUGUGUCUGCUGAUGGGUGGGGCCGCGGCCUCCUCUGCUCUGGGAUACCUGAACGCCUGUGGACCCGCCUCACCCCUGGCCACGAGCCGCCCCCCUGACAUCAGCAGCGGCUCUGGGGCCUUCUCUGAGUUGCCUGCAGGGGGCGCCUUCCACGCCUGCAGCCAGGACGUGGACUCGCCACACCUCAACAGCUUCGACUUCGAGGCGGACUCUGAUUUUGAUGCGUUUGACUGCGGAUCUUUUGCUUUCUAG